CCUGCCCCGAUGUGAGCAAGAAUUUCCUGCACUUCCUCUAGGAAAAUUCCUUUGCGCAAAUCAGUCCCCUGGAUUGGUGAGUGAAUCCUAACCAUGUCUUUCCUGGCCUGCCUUCACUCUUCUCCCCAAACUCACUACUUCUGCACUGGUGUCUGACGGUGUAUUGAGUGACUUUGUGGAGGGCAGAAGUAGGAAGUCUUUGGGACAAAACUGAAUUUACCUUGGGAUCUGUGAACAAGACGAACCUCAGCAGCCAGGACAGGCAGGAGCAGUGGAGAAGCUGCUAUGGCUUCUGGAAUCCUGCUUAAUGUAAAGGAGGAGGUGACCUGUCCCAUCUGCCUGGAACUCCUGACAGAACCCCUGAGUCUGCCCUGCGGCCACAGCUUCUGCCAAGCGUGCAUCACUGCAAACCACAAGGAGUCCAUGCUAUACAAAGAAGAAGAGAGAAGCUGCCCUGUGUGCCGGAUCAGUUACCAGCCUGAGAAUAUACAGCCUAAUCGGCAUGUAGCCAACAUAGUGGAGAAGCUCAGAGAGGUCAAGUUGAGCCCAGAAGAGGGGCAGAAGGUUGAUCACUGUGCACGCCAUGGAGAGAAACUCCUACUCUUCUGUCAGGAGGACAGCAAGGUCAUUUGCUGGCUUUGUGAGCGGUCUCAGGAGCACCGUGGUCACCACACUUUCCUCAUGGAGGAGGUUGCCCAGGAGUACCAUGUGAAGCUCCAGACAGCUCUGGAGAUGCUGAGGCAGAAGCAGCAGGAAGCUGAAAAGUUGGAAGCUGACAUCAGAGAAGAGAAAGCUUCCUGGAAGAUUCAAAUAGACUACGACAAAACCAACGUCUCGGCAGAUUUUGAGCAACUGAGAGAGAUCCUGGACUGGGAGGAGAGCAAUGAGCUGCAGAACCUGGAGAAGGAGGAAGAAGACAUUCUGAAAAGCCUUACGAAGUCUGAAACGGAGAUGGUGCAGCAGACCCAGUACAUGAGAGAGCUCAUCUCAGAUCUGGAGCAUCGGUUGCAGGGGUCAAUGAUGGAGCUGCUGCAGGGUGUGGAUGGCAUCAUUAAAAGGGUUGAGAACAUGACCUUGAAGAAGCCAAAAACAUUUCACAAAAAUCAAAGGAGAGUGUUUCGAGCUCCUGAUCUGAAAGGAAUGCUAGACAUGUUUAGAGAGCUAACAGAUGUCCGACGCUACUGGGUUGAUGUGACACUGGCUCCAAACAACAUUUCGCAUGCUGUCAUUGCUGAAGAUAAGAGACAAGUGAGCUAUCGGAACCCACAGAUAAUGUAUCAGUCACCAGGGUCAUUAUUUGGGUCACUCACGAAUUUCAGUUAUUGUACUGGCGUCCCGGGCUCCCAAAGUAUCACAUCAGGGAAACUCACGAAUUUCAAUUAUUGUACUGGCGUCCUGGGCUCCCAAAGUAUCACAUCAGGGAAACAUUACUGGGAGGUAGAUGUGUCCAAGAAAAGUGCUUGGAUCCUGGGGGUAUGUGCUGGCUUCCAACCCGAUGCAACGUAUAAUAUUGAACAAAAUGAAAAUUAUCAACCUAAAUAUGGCUACUGGGUUAUAGGGUUACAGGAAGGAGAUAAAUAUAGUGUUUUCCAGGAUGGUUCCUCACAUACUCCUUUUGCUCCUUUCAUUGUGCCCCUCUCUGUGAUUAUUUGUCCUGAUCGUGUUGGAGUUUUCGUAGACUAUGAGGCUUGCACUGUCUCAUUCUUCAAUAUCACAAACCAUGGAUUUCUCAUCUAUAAGUUUUCUCAGUGUUCUUUUUCUAAGCCUGUAUUUCCAUAUUUAAAUCCCAGAAAAUGUACAGUCCCCAUGACUCUGUGCUCACCAAGCUCUUGAACCUUCUUACACACUCAGCCCCUUCUGUACAGCACCUCUUGUCCAUGUGCAUCUCAUACACCUGAACUCAGUUGCAUCAUUUUAACCAUCUUUUCCUUGCUGUCUCUAUUCUUUCUAUUUGAACGUCCUGCACUCAUCAGUAAAAUGUGAUAAUUAUCUUGUGCCAUAUUCUCCCCAAUAUUUUAUUGACAUUUGAUAGCAAUUGUUUUCAUCAUUUUCCAUACUCCCAAGGAAAACUGACCUAUACCUCAUAAAAUGAGACCACUAUUUAGGUAUUACUUCUGCCAAAUAUUUAUCAUCCAGUUGCCUCUGACACUGACUAAGAAGAUGAAAAAAAGCUUUUCAACAGCCUUUCUAUAUCAUCGUGUGAUAGUUGUUCACCAAUGAAUGAGUCCUUAGUACUGUGUCAGUUUACCCUUGAUGCCCUUAUUUGUGAAAGAGUUAAAGAGAAAAUAUCAUAAAUGGUAUACUCUAAGUGUAGAGGUUUUGUAUCUAGAGGAUCUGAGUUCAACUCCUGUCUCUCCAUAUACUAGCAGCAUAACUGUGAAUAGCAUACUUAAACGGCUGUACUUCUUUUCUUUUCUUUCCUUUUUUUUUUUUUUUGAGAUGGAGUUUUGCUCUCGUUCCUCAGGCUGGAGUGAAAUGGUGCAAUCUUGGCUCACUGCAACCUCCGCCUCCCAGAUUCAAGCAAUUCUCCUACCUCAGCCUCCCAAGUUGCUGGGAUUAGAGGCGCCCACCACCACCCCCAGCUAAAUUUGUAUUUUUACUAGAGACGGGGUUUCCCCAUGUUGUGUUGGUUAGGCUCAUCUAGAACUCCUGACCUCAGGUGAUCCACCCGCCUCGGCCUGCCAAAGUGCUGGGAUUAUAGGCAUGAGCUACCGCGCCCAACCUGUGCUUAUUUUCUUAAAAUAAUUUUUGUAUUAAAAACUUCACAUUAAAUAAGUCCUAAUGUUUUAUUGCAUACUAGGGUGACUAGAGUUAACAAUAACAUUUUGCAUAUAUUUUGAAGUAGCUAGAAGAGAGGAUUUUGAAAGUUCUCAACACGAAGAAAUGACACAUAUUUGAGGUGAUGGAUAUGCUAAUUACCCUGGUUUGAUUAUUACACAAUGUAUACAUGUGUGAAAACAUCACACUAUACCACAUAAAUAUGUACAUUUAUUAUUUGUCAAUUAAAAGCAAAAUAAAACAAAAAACCUUCAUCUAAUACUUUGGAUCAUUGUGAAAAAAUAAAUUCCUGAAGUAUAAAGCA